GGCGUCUGGGGUUCCAGGCGGAGAUGGCGGCAGUGCGCGUGCGCGCUGGCUCGCAGCUUCCCGGGAGGAGGAGCGAGCGGCCGCUGGGGAAACAGCGGCUCCGCUCUCCGGGCAAGGGCGGCGGCAGCGGUGCUGGGCGGGGCCGGGCUCGGGGCUAGUGGCGCUGCUGCAGGGGCUGUGCGAGGCACGGUGGGGCUGCGAGGUGCUCGGGCCCGCCGAGAGCCCGUGCUCACUGAGCCGACCCCCGCGGCCACCGUGCUGCUCACUCGGGGUGACGUCGCGCCGGGGUCCCCAGCAUGACCGAACUACGGCAGAGGGUUGUCCGCGAGGACGCACCUCCGGAGGACAAGGAAUCAGAGUCCGAAGCAAAGCUAGAUGGAGAGACAGCGUCUGACAGCGAGAGCCGAGCGGAAACAGCUCCCCUACCAACCUCCGUAGAUGACACCCCAGAGGUCCUUAACAGGGCCCUUUCCAACCUGUCCUCAAGGUGGAAGAACUGGUGGGUGAGAGGCAUCCUGACUUUGGCCAUGAUCGCGUUUUUCUUCAUUAUCAUUUACCUGGGACCAAUGGUUUUGAUGAUGAUUGUUAUGUGUGUCCAGAUUAAGUGUUUCCAUGAAAUAAUCACUAUUGGCUACAAUGUAUACCACUCCUACGACCUGCCCUGGUUCAGGACCCUCAGCUGGUACUUCCUGCUGUGUGUGAACUACUUCUUCUAUGGGGAGACAGUGACGGACUACUUCUUCACUCUGGUCCAGAGAGAGGAGCCUUUGCGGAUCCUCAGUAAAUACCACCGGUUCAUCUCCUUUGCCCUGUAUCUGACAGGAUUCUGCAUGUUUGUACUGAGUCUAGUUAAGAAGCAUUAUCGGCUGCAGUUCUACAUGUUUGGCUGGACCCAUGUGACCUUGCUUAUUGUCGUAACGCAGUCACACCUUGUUAUCCAUAACUUGUUUGAAGGAAUGAUAUGGUUUAUUGUUCCCAUCUCGUGCGUCAUCUGCAAUGACAUUAUGGCCUAUAUGUUUGGCUUUUUCUUUGGUCGGACCCCACUCAUUAAGCUCUCUCCAAAGAAGACCUGGGAAGGCUUCAUUGGGGGCUUCUUUGCCACUGUGGUGUUUGGCCUUUUGCUCUCCUAUGUGAUGUCUGGGUACAGAUGCUUCGUGUGUCCCGUGGAAUACAACAAUGACACCAACAGCUUCACUGUGGACUGUGAGCCGUCUGACCUAUUCCGCCUGCAGGAGUACAACAUCCCUGGGGUGAUCCAGUCGGCCAUUGGCUGGAAAACGGUGAGGAUGUACCCUUUCCAGAUCCACAGCAUCGCCCUCUCCACCUUCGCCUCGCUCAUCGGCCCUUUCGGAGGGUUCUUCGCCAGUGGAUUCAAACGGGCCUUUAAAAUCAAAGAUUUUGCCAAUACCAUUCCCGGUCAUGGAGGCAUCAUGGAUCGCUUUGACUGCCAGUACCUGAUGGCCACCUUUGUCAAUGUGUACAUCGCCAGCUUUAUCAGGGGUCCAAACCCAAGCAAACUGAUCCAGCAGUUUCUGACGUUGCGGCCAGAUCAGCAGCUUCACAUCUUCAACACGCUCAAGUCUCACCUAACUGACAAGGGGAUUCUGACAUCUGCCUUGGAAGAUGAGUAGAGUCCACCUGGGGCCCAGAGAGCUGGAGCAGGAUGGAGUGGGGGCCAGUCGCCAAGGCCGCCCAGCUGCUGUGACUUAGAUAAUGAAAAGCUUCAACUCACCACCGUCAUUUUUUUUUCUUUUUCCUUUUUGUGCGUGUGUGGUUUUUAAUCUGUAUAUACUGUCUGUUUAUAGUGUGGGCAGUGAGUAAGCUGUAGCUUUGAGUUGCAAAGAAGUCACAGGAAAGAACCAUUUGGGUUUCUGAAGUACAAGUAUUGAGCAACAUGAAGGGCAGUGUUGCCCAGCUCAGGGUGUCUGCUUGGUGGCUCUAACCCCUGCCCAUCCAGUUGUUUCUGGGCUGUGCGAGAGAUCAUACAUUGAUCUGUGUGUGAUGAGUUGAGGGCUUUCCCACCUGCACGGGCCUUCACGGGCUCCACGCUUUUGCUGUCCUUGACACCUCUCGUUGGGGCUUCUGCAGGCAUCUCUGUCUGAGAGCAGUGGGGGCUGCCCUCUGUAGAGCUGUGAGAGCAGUGGGGGCUGCCCUCUGUAGAGCUGUGAGAGCAGUGGGGGGCUGCCCUCUGUAGAGCUGUGAGAGCAGUGGGGGGCUGCCCUCUGUAGAGCUGUGAGAGCAGUGGGGGCUGCCCUCUGUAGAGCUGUGAGAGCAGUGGGGGCUGCCCUCUGUAGAGCUGUGAGAGCAGUGGGGGCUGCCCUCUGUAGAGCUGUGAGGGAGAGGCUUUCUGAUCAGAUGAACAUCUGUCCAAGCCAAAAUUCUGCAGAGGGCAGGUGAGCUUUGCUUAUGUAGUUUGCUUUCACCAUAUAGACUGAGAGAAGAUUUCAGACUUCUUUUUCUCAGAAAGCAUGAAGAAUUUAUGAAGUAUGGAAAAGAAGCCCUUACAUAUUCCAGAUGUGUGCAGCAGGGGGCACUGUCCCAGCCCUCUCUGCCCCAGCCAGGCACAGUGGCCUCUAGAGGGUGGUCCUGUAGACCGCACCUUUUAGAGUCGAGGCCUCUGUGGUUGUGCCGCGGGUUUGCUGCUGUGCUGAGUCCUUCUGGGGGAGCCCUAAGAGGUGGGGAGCAGAGGACUUUUGCUCAGACACCCUUUGCCUGGAAGCCCACUUGUGUUGCUGCUGUGUUGUGUAUAUAGUAUUCUCGAGAUGAGCGUAUGUGUGUCUGUUUAAAAGUCACCUUGUUUCCUACAUGAUUUUAGUCAUACCCAAACGUCCUCAGAAUCCCUACAUCCUGCUUAGAACUGUGGCCGGCCUAAUCUGUCAAGAGGCUUGGCUCUUCAAGACUCAGUGUCCACUUUAUCAAAUGUGACCGGUGUAGCUGUAGUUUGUACUUUCCUGGGGACCUUCUGCUGGGGUUUGUGUAAGCUGUGAUUCUUUCCCUUCCUAAUAGGUUGAGCUUGACAUGGAAAGGAGCAGUUGGCAGGGAAGGAACUUAUUCCCCAAGAGUGGUAACUAACCCACAGCCCUGCUCGGUGUGCCCACCGCUGAGAGGCUGCAGUGACUUCCCCAAGUACCGUGGUCUGUGCUAAUUUGUUUUCAGAUUAGUCUUCCUGUGGCCUCCAACACUCAGCCAGCCCUCAGAGUGUCCGCUGUGCGCACGGGGGCGGGGCGGGGCGGGCAGCUCCUUGUCUCUCAGCUUUGACUGACUUGUCCGCAUUGGGGAUUUUUGUUCUCAGCUCCCAGGCCGCACUGAACACAGUGUUGCUGCCUUCAGUUUGGUUCUGGCCAUGAGGCCCCUAGUGGGAGCUUUGCCCUUAGGGCUGUCCUCUGACUUGCCCUCAAAGUUCACCAAUUCGGCAACUCCAUGGAGACGGUCGUGUCACUCUCAGCCCCUGUUGCUAUUAAGUCAUGUCAUGGGCACCCGGAAAAGGAAAUACACUGAGGUGUAUUUUACAAUUGCUCCUUAAGAUUCUCAGUGGAGAUUAGGAGCAACACUGCACUUCUGAUAGAAAAAUGGCCUUGGAUCACUAAACUAGGUAGAGAAGGGCACACCACACCCCAGCGCCCCAGGAGCCAAAACUCACGCUCGGGCAGCAGCAGCUGAGGCUUGAGGAAGCUGGUGUCCUAAGACACUGAAACCCAGUGCUCAUUGGAGCUGCCAGCCACAGGUUUCUAUUCUGAGUUCUCCAGUCUUGUGAAAGAGGAGAAUUUCCCAGUCAGGUAGCCAGGAGAACAGUGCCACCCUGCGAUUGUGCCACCCUGUGAUUGUAUAGCGUGUUGUUUGUUCCAGUAAGCAGGCAGGCCCAGAGACUGCUUUCUCAGCACCGCACAGAUCUCAGUGGGUCACAUAACUUGCUUUACACUCAUCUUGUUGUGUCAGAAAUAAAGUGUUCGUGCUUUUCCUUGUCAGGAGUCCCGUGUUUGUCACUUGUUGUGUGGUUUUAUGUUUCCCGCUGUGUGAGCAUAAACACUGUGCAGUUUUCCUGCUUGCCAGCCUGUGUGCCAUCUGUUCUCACAGCCUCUGAGAUGUCUCAGGUGAGAGCCAUGGGGUGGAACCAUAAAGUCCCCAUCUCAAAGUGUGCCUGUGGGACAGGGUUAGUAGCUACUCCCCGAGGCCCCAACCCGGGAAAUACUGCAGUGUUCCUUCCUGCAGGCCUUGGAGCCCUGACCAGGCCAGUCCUGGGCACUGCUUAGAUGGCUGUUAGCUUAGAACUGGUGAAGUAAAGAUUUGGUCCCAGAAACCAGCCUGACAUGAGAACAAGCCAGGGUGUCUUCCUGGUGAGUUCUACUCAUGGUCGUUCUCAGGAAAACUGUGUUCCCUUUGUGUGUACGUUUCUCACCCCUUAACCACUUCAGUGUCAAAAAAGUUCCCAUUGUGUCUUCUGAAAGUGAAGUCCCAUAAGGAAGUUGGGAGAGAAUGUGCAGGGUGCACACACGCAUGUACAAACACACACACACACACACACACACACACACACACACACACACAGAGCCUAUUUCACAUUCUCAGACUUUUAGUUUCUGCUUUAUAACCGCAUUUAAAAUGUAUUCUUAAUGUGCUGUAGUGUGUGUGAGCCGGUGUCCAGAGGUGUGAAAUAUACCAUGUAAUCUCACACAGGUGGACUGUGGAACCGUUUUUAUGGAUUUUGCCCCUGCUUGCUUUCAUCCUGUAACCUAGCCUGUAUUAUACAAGAAAACUUGAGCAGGACAUUUCAAGAGAAUAUGUUGGCCUAAUUGUUGGGUUGGCUGGGACCUGCUCUGAAGGGAUCCCUCAGUUCACCGAUUGGCAAGCCAAGGUCAGUCCUUGCUGUUGAUGGAGCUGGGAGGAGGAGGGACCUAAGGACUCAGGACAGAGCAUCUCACGCGAAGUUCUGUGUGGCAGUCAAGUGUUCCUCGUGGAGUCAGCCUGAGGUAGAUUUCCAGGAAAGCCUUUUCCUCGUUACCAGUGUGUGAUGUCACAACUGAAACUUGUGUUAGUAACGUCUAAGGCCAUGUUGCCUUUGUCUUUAGAGUAAUUCCUGGCUGUGCCUACCACUCCUGCAUACUGUGCUUAUGUGCGUGCUGCGCUUUGAUGGGGAGGAGGGCAGGUCCCUGUGCAGCCAGGGUUCUUGCUCCUUCCAUGGCAGGAUGAGAAGGAAGGCCUAAGAGGCUGGCCAGGGGCCUGGUGUAGACACAGUAGAAGACAGUCAACUAUGGGCGCAUUCUGUCUGGAGCUCCCAGAAGGAGCUGUGUGCUGCUGGAGAGGAGGCUAAUUGUUGGUUCAGACUCCUCCGCUUGGGUAAAAGACUCCCCUUAUCACUCUCCUCACAGUUGCUCUGCAUCUUUAAAGAGUAUUAGCUUCUGCUUCCGGACUCAGUCUUUGUUGAGUGGGCCACUUCCAGGGGUGUGCCCGGGGUUAGGCAAGUGGCAGACGAGGGUUCUUAUUUGAGGCUUUGCUAGGCUCAUCUGCUGUGUCCUGGGUAGUCCACUCAUAUUCUUGCAGGGUGAGUCCAUGCUCAGGAGAAUGCGGUCCACCUUUCUAUGUACUCUAGCUUCCCUCUCUUCAGGUUGAUAUAGCGACAUUACCUGGGCUCUGUGCUGUCCUGUGGGUGGAGGCCAUUAUCACUGGGCUGCUGCUUUCCUGGGCAAGCCACUCUCUAUUUUUCUGCAAAGGUCAAAAGACCCUGGUGUUGGGGGCCCUUUAGAGGGUGUGCUUUGGACGCUGACCUCUUAGGGCUUUAGGACAGAGGGACGAUGUUGAGUCUAGAAGGGCACAAUAUGCCAGAGUUUUAUGGCCAGUGAUCCUCAAAUCCAUUGGCUGUUUGAAGACCCUGUCCUCACUUCUCCUUUUUUCAGGUGACUCUCUGCUUGGCUCUUUAUCUUACUCUUCAGCUAAUGAAGUAGCAACAGUGUGUUACUAAUGAUUGCAAUCAUACAGUGCUUAAUAUGUGCCAGACACAGUGCCAAGGGCUUGCAUGCAUUAUCUCCUUUAAUCCACAAGCAGCUCUGGCGAGGUGGUAUUAGCCCAUCUUACAGAUGGGAAAACUGAAGUUCUGUGCUAGAGAUUGAGAACAAUGUAAAGACUUGAGGCUUAGGUAGUGCUCUAUCUGGUCAGGCUAUAGGCUGCGGGCAGCCUUCACUUCCAACCAGCCGCUGUGAGGAUUUAGUGAGCUAACGCAUGUAAGCAUUUAGCAAGGUGCCUGGCACAUAGUAAGCACUCAAUAAAUGGUAGUUUUUUUGUUCUUUUAAACUGAGCUCAGCGAGUUUGGCCCACACUGGUGGGCUGCUGGGUAUUCAGCCACCACACUCUUCACUGCUUGGACCUAGUUGGUGUUUGUGUUCUGUAAAGUGAGCACGUUGUCCUCCCAAGAGAAGCACUUCAGUGGUGCAGUGGUAAGAGCCCACAGCAUUGAGGCCAGCCUGACUGAAGGAUGAUGUGAGGCUGUUUGUCACUUCUGUUCUUUUCCCCGUGGUUGAGACUGCCCACAGGAAAAGGGCUGGCUGCUCUGACAUGGUGGGGCGUCUCCUGGGGCCUGGCUCGCUCUGGACCCUGCUCUCCCCAGCCACGUUCUGUAGUCUGUUGUACAUCUCAGGAACCCUCGGUUCCUCCACGGAUGGACGACUGCAGAAUAGAGCAGAAUAGAGAAAGUAAGCCUGAAGCUGAGUGCCUCAGCCACAAACCUAAAGGAGCUGCCUGUGUCUGACAGCACAGCCAUUCCAUCUCUUCCGUCCGUCUGUCUGUCUGGGUUGUUUUGUUUUGUUGUUGUUUUGAGACAGGGUUUCUUUGUGUAGCCCUGACUGUUCUGGAACUUGCUCUGAAGACCAGGCUGACCUCGAACUCAGAGAUCUGCCUGCCUCUGCUUCCCAAGUGCUGGGAUUAAAGGCAUGCGCCACCUUCACCUGGGUUUUCUUUCUUAAAGGAACAGGUUAGAGCAAGUGACCGUUGAGGACAGGUGAUGUGAAUGUUUGUUCUAGAUUUAAUUCAGUUUUCUGAAUGGACACAGGGAGUUGGGAGUAUGUGUGUGUGUGUGUGUGUGUGUGUGUGUGUGUGUGCGCGCGCGCGCGCGCGUGUGUGUGUGCUUCACCUUGAUUGAGUGGCAUUGGCUCACAUGACCCAGGAGAUUCCCAGACUCUGUUAGUAGUGUCUAGGAACUUGUGUUCCAGCUGAGGAGUGUCCCAGGUGUUAACGAGACUGAGGCCUAUUGCUGGAGUUCAGAUACUGCAGCUCCUCUUGUUUUUCUGCACUGUGUUUGCCAGCCCUGCCCCCAUCUGAUGGACCAGGCAGUCCUUUAUCUGGAGGGAAAAGUCUGAUGCCAGCAGAGGUCCUGGGGCGCUGCUCUCCCAGGUCCUGGUCAGACUCAGCUCCAUAGCUCUUGGAGGCUUUCCCUGGAUUCCCUGAGUACAGUGUUAAAAGGCCUAACCACACAGCCACCUGCCCUAAGUGACAUUGUGUUUUUAGGUGUCACCGUCUUAGCCCUUUGUUUUCCUUACUAGAGUAUCUUUCCCGCACCCCUAGGUUUGUAUUCUGGUUCUACUGGCUUUUCUCAGUGGGACACCAAGGUAGAAAGGGAGUAAGAAUGGUUUUCCAGUGAGUUGAAUGUGCACACGUUUAUGAGAGGCCUUUGGGUGAGCUUUCUGCUCAUUCCUUGGUUUGUCUUGGGUCCCACUGGGCAGGUGUCUAGCACUGAGAGGGAGAGUGUAGACAAGGGAGCCACGGAGGUACUGGAGGCAGCAAUUCCUCAUCCAGCUCAGGGACUCCUGACAGCCAAGGGGACAGCAAGAGGACCCAGAGCAGGGAAAGGGGUCGGGGAGUCACACAACCAAAGGUAGACUCAGACCAGUUCAGUGCUCCUGGUGGCCAUAGGGACCAGAAAGCAGCUUAGGAAAUCUAUCCAUUGGCCCUUUUAGAGUCUCUGUGUGAACCCAACUCUACUGAACUUAAACACCUUCCAAACAGUGGCAGGGGCCACAGUGGCAGACAGGGUAGAGUACCCCAGGCAGUUUCUCAGCCUCGUCCGUUGUGUGGAGGGAAUACUGAAUUCAGUUAUCUCACCUGACUGCUUUCCUGCCCUCAGACCUGGACACUGGGCCUCAGCCCCUGGCCGUGUGGAAUCCAUGGGAUCCUCGGGACUCCCCAGACAGGCGUGUGUGAGUGUGUUCUGUCAUGCAGCCUCAGCCCAGGCUAACCCAGUCAGUGUUUUCACCACGUCUGACCUUUCUCUCUGCACUUAGGAUUGGUGUCCACUUGUAGAUUUCUUUCAACACAGUAUAAGAAUGUGAUAUAUUGUAUAUUGGAAAGUAUUUACCUUAUUUAUAUACCUGAAUGUUCCUAUUAAACAAAUAAACAUAUACUAAAUUCUA